UUACAGCGAUAAUAUGGAAAAGAAACGAAUAAUUGCAUUAAUUGAUAUGGAUUGCUUCUAUGUUCAAGUAGAACAACGUCUUCAGCCUCAUCUGUAUGGUAAACCGGUCGCCGUUGUUCAACAUAGUAGUGCUAAUUAUCGAGGUGGUGGCUUACUUGCUGUAUCAUAUGAAGCAAGAUCUUUUGGUAUCAAACGUGGUAUGUUUGGUGAACAAGCAAAGGCCUUAUGUCCUGAUUUGACACUUUGUUAUGUACCAGUUGGCGAACAUAUUGAUAAGGCAGAUAUCACACGUUAUAGGGAUGCAUCCGCCGAAGUAUUUAAAGUUUUGCAUGAAUUCGAUUCACGAAUUGUCGUUGAACGAGCAUCGGUUGAUGAAGCUUACUUGGAUCUCAGUGCUUUAGUACAGCAUAUCUUCGAAACCACUAAUCCUUCAGUUAAAUAUAUGGAACCUAAUGCAGUGGAUUUAUUUCCAACAACACACGUUGCUGAUGGAGCUGAUUUGAAUGAAGACAAAAUCCCUGAUUGGAAAUAUGAUAGGGUUGAAUCUUUGCACUCCUUUAUAUCAGAAGCAUACGAAACACAGGAUGAAUACAAGCUAAAAUUAAUCAUCGGAGCUGAUGUGAUAGAACAGAUAAGGAGUGCUAUAAAGAAAAACACUGCCUUCAAUUGUUCUGCUGGAAUUGGUAGUAGCAAGAUGAUUGCUAAAUUGGUUUGCUCACGACAUAAGCCUGGACAACAGACUGUUGUAUUCAAUGAAGCUAUACCUAAAGUUUUCGAAUACACUCCUAUAAAUGAAGUACGAAAUCUUGGCGGCAAAUUGGGAAGAGCAUUAGUGGAAAAAUUCGAUGUUAAAACAAUGGGAGAAUUAUCACAAAUAUCAAUGUCAGAUCUCAGCGAGUGUUUUCCGGCUCAAGCAAAAUGGAUUUACAAUAUUGCGCGCGGCAUUGAUGAGGAAAAAGUCACUGCACGUGACAAACAAAGUUCGGUUGCUGUGAGUAAAAAUUUUCCCGGUCCUAAUGCUCUAAAAACUGAUGGUGACGUGAAAUUUUGGCUGGAAGGUUUAAUCAAAGAAUUGGUGAAACGCUUAAUUGACGACCAAAUAACAAAUAUCCGAACCGCUUCAACACUUCAUAUUGGCUGUACAACCAAUGUUCAUCUUACUAGAAGUAUGCAGAUGAAGACAUAUGACCCGAAAGCUCUAUUUAAUUCAAUUUGGGCAACUUUUCGCCAUAUUAACAAGUCGAAAAUACCGGAAACUUGGGAUCCAUCGGUGAAGAAUAUUACGCUUUCCGCAGAUCGAUUUCGGGAAGGGAUUGAUGGCCGUUCAAAACAAAUCACAGAAUGGGUAACGACGGCAAUAAAUAGAGCAGUGAAUUCAGUGACAGAUGCUUCUACCAGUGCGGACACUAAAAAUUCAGCUAUGCCUAGUGAAAAGGUGACGAAGACUUCAUCACAAACUUCGAUUAAUGUACACCAUUCAGAAAGGAAGGUGCAUGAACAGGAUGAUGAUAUACAAAUUAUUUUUGAUGUAAGGAAAGAAAGGAAAAGUACUUCUACUACUACUACUACUACUAGUACUGCUCUUCAUUCUAAAACAAUCGCUAAAAAACGGAAAAAAGAGAAGUGCCAGAAAAAUCAAGUGUACCAAUAAGGAAAAUAUCAGAUUUCUUCAAAAAACAAUGAAUUUUUUAUUGAUCUUAUACUAAGCAUAUUGAAACCGAGUGAAGGAUAAAGUGAAACAUAGUGUUUCUUUAUUUCUUUGUUACUUACUUGUAUCUCGUCCGCAUGGUUUAUGUAAUCUUAUCGGGUAAAUCCUUGCCUUUAUGAAUUUCAUUUUUGGAAUUUUUUAAAAUUU